CGAAGGCACACCUGAAGUCGCGUUCGCGUUGUCAUCAUCGCUCCAAAAACCUCCGUACACCAAAUUGUGCCGUUUGAACAUACGAAAACGUGUGUUUUUUUUGCUUAAAAUACACUGUGGAAUUGUUAGCGUUCUUGUGCCAGCUGCGCACAGCUGUUGUGGGUGAUAAAAAUUAGUGCAACAAGUGGUUUUCAACUUGCUUUUUACUACUCAAUCAAAGUGCCUUACCAACAUACACAGCGACGCGCGCACACACACAGAGACUGUUCUUUACCUGCCAGUUUGAGCACGAACACACAAACGCGUACGUAGGCAACAACAAGUUGUGAGUGAGCUGUAUGCUUGGAAUCCAAUAAGAUAACUACGCCGAAAAAUGCUAAGCGUAUGCACAUAAUUCUAUUAAGGAGCUCAGUCUCUCAGUGAGUGACAAAAAGUGCUGAUAAAAACAAAAACAACUGCCUAAAUCCCCAACGCGAGGAUCAGUAUCGCGUUUUCGUAUGUGAUAAAGAAAGAGGAAGGAGUGUGAGAUAGAAAGAAAAAGAGAGUCAGUCUCGCUCUGUAUGUGUGUGUGCGCGAUCUCCUUUACAACAACACCAAAGUCAACAGCAGAAACAGCAAGUUGCUAAUUGAAACAAGUGUAUUUUAAAUAUAGACUACAAAGUUCACUUAAGCAAAUACGACAAUAAGCCAGUUAAAGGAAGAUUAARCAACAACAACAACACACACAAUAAUGGAGUCCAUGGAAUACGAAAUGGCUCGCAACAUGACGCUGCUGUUCUUCCUGGAGCGUCUGCUGGACAAAGGCGAGCCGCGCACCGUUCACGAUUUAUCCUGCCAGUUUGGCAACAAGGAAUUCACCAAGGAAAUGCGACAAAUCGCCGGCGGCAGUCAAUCGGGUCUGAAGAAAUUUCUUGCCCAAUACCCAUCGAUAUUUCUAGUGGACGGCGACUACGUGCAGGUGAAUGCCUAUCAGCACAGCAGCUCCGACGAUGGCAACGCCGGCGGCAAGCGCGACUACAUCCAAGAGGCUAAAGACUACUUCAAGAACAAGAUGCUGCAGUAUGGCGCCGCCGCCGAGGUGCCAGUGCGCAGUCUGCUGGGCCAUCGGUCGCAGGCCUCGCCGCAAGUGCGUCACAUAUCCGGUCAGCAUAUCAAGGAGUUCACAGACUUCCUGUCGAAGCACACGGACACGUUCAAGGUCGUGGACGACUACGUGAUGCUGGUGGGCAGCGAGAACAUGACGGAUCUGCCAGCCAGGGAUCGACUGCAUUUGCCGCAGUCGAACAUCGACACGCGUGGCACACAGCAGAUGCUCGACUUUUUCGCGCAGUGCAUUGAGAUGAAGGGCCCGCUGCUAGUGGAUCAGCUGUUCCACUUGCUCACGCUGAACUUUCCGCAGGAUCAGUGGCUGCGCAUGUUCAAGACACCCGGCGACCUGAGCUCGUUCCUGAAACUCUUCGGCGACUGCUUUCACAUCCAGGCGAAUCUAGUCACGCUGCUGCAGAAGCCCAAGCUGAGCGAUUCCUAUAUACAGCAGGCGCAGGCUCGGUCACGGGAGCAGUUCAACUCGGUCAACAACAACCAGAAUCCGCGCAAGGGCGAGCUGGCGCUGAGUCCUGUGCAGCAGCGCUUGCACUCGCCGGCGAUGCGCAGCAACGGCUAUAGCAGUGCGAACAGCAACAGCAACAACAACAACAAUAACAACAAUAAUAAUAAUAACAACAAUAAUAACAUAGCGUCGCCCAACUUUAAGCUGAAUGCGCCCGUCUCCAACAUGACAGGCGGCAACGGCUUUGGUCAGAGUCAGAACAAAUCGGAGCCCAACUCGGGCUUCGACAGCUACGUGCCCAUGUCGGAGUUGAAGCUGGAGAAUCUGUGCGAGAACAACUAUCCCAGCUCCACUGUCUGCUACGGCCCCAUAGGAGCCGCCACGCAGCAGCAGCAGCAACAGCAGCAACAGCAGCAGCAAUCGGCGCCAACGGAGCGCUUGAAUAGCGUGAACCAAACCCUGAAGCAGCGCAUCAAUACUCUGGUCAUCCGUACCCUGGCCGAGAACCUGGAGAAGGACAAGCAAACGCUGGCCAAUCAGAAUGCGCACUCGAGCCCGGUUCACGGCAGCAACACCAAAGCAACAGCAGCAGCAGGGGGAGCAGCAACAGCAGCAGCUGCAACUGCAACAGGAGCAGCCACAACGGCGGCGAAUGCCUCAUCUAGUCAGAGCUAUUUCGUGGGCGACACCUGGAAGAUCAAGGUGCUGCAAAACACCACAGUAAUAGCCAACGUGAAGCAUUCAACGUUUGUGACCGACGCGCUGCUGGACCUGGCCAAAGAUGAGGAGCACAACAUAGCCAUCUCCCUGGACUGUGAAGGCAUCAACCUGGGCAUCAAGGGAGAGAUCACUCUGAUCGAAAUCGGCACGGCGCGUGGCGAGGCCUUCCUCUUCGACGUGCAGUCCUGCCCAGCCAUGGUGAGCGACGGUGGCCUGAAGACGUUGCUGGAGCAUGACCAGGUGAUCAAGGUGAUCCACGACUGUCGCAACGAUGCCGUCAACCUCUACCUGCAGUUUGGCAUUCUGUUGCGCAACGUCUUCGACACGCAGGCGGCGCACGCCAUUCUGCAGUACCAGGAGAAUGGCAAGCAGGUGUACAAGGCCAAAUAUAUAUCGUUGAACUCGCUGUGCGAGCAAUACAAUGCGCCCUGCAAUCCCAUCAAGGACCAGCUCAAGCAGAUCUACCGGCGCGACCAGAAGUUCUGGGCCAAGCGACCACUGACCCGCGAAAUGAUGCUCUAUGCGGCCGGAGAUGUCCUCGUGCUGAUACAAGAGCAGCUCUUCGGCACUCUAGCCCAGCAAAUCAAGCCGGAGAACAGGCAGCUGUUCUCUGAGCUGUGCACCGAGCAGAUUCUCAUGCAGAUCAAGCCGAACGAAGUCAAGAUACGCAAGAAGCAGCGCAAGGUCAGCACCGAAGUCUCAGAUCUCAAGCAGAAGCUGGCCCAGACCAGCAAAAGUAUAGUAUUAUCCAACCGAGAGAUACGACUGUUACGCUACAUGGACUUGACGGAGGAAGAAAAGGAGCGACUCAAGGGCUACUACAAGGUGGCCAAGAAGUUGGAGAAAAUGGAAUCUGCGGGCAAUCCAAACAAAGAUCAAAGUGAUUCGGAGGACGAGGCGGAGGCAAAUGAGAAUGACUUCUUCCCAAGUCUGGACUCGGUUCCAUCGGAUAAUUCGCUGUCGGGCACCUUCUCGCCGCGCUUCAGCUCGGAGCCGCCUAGUUUGACUGAAUCGAUGCAGAUGCUAGAGGAAAUAUUGCAAAACAAGUCUAUGGAUCGAAUAGCACGUAUUGAUAAACUCGAGGCCAUAUUGACGACUGCAACCACAUUGCCAUGCGAUCAAAUUAUCACUUCCAAUACGAUGCAAGAACAGUUGGGCUCCAGUAUUGCCACAACUGAGAAUCUGCAAAUCAUUCGAGAGAAGUCGAGAAACCUGAAGAACUGCAAUUGCCAUGGAGAACGAAGCAUCACGCCUAUUUUAAGAUCAGGAAACGAUAAACGAGUCGUUAAGCUGGUGGAUGCCGAGUCGCAGACACUGAGUACCGGCGACGUUGUCAUUACCAAAAUCUUCUUUCAAGACGAACACGAGCGUGCCAAGGAGGCGAUGUUGGCCAACAGUAAUGCGAACACCAAUUCCCCGAGACGUUUGACCUCAACUUGAAUUUGAGCUUUUCGACAAAUUAUGAUUCCUAAUUAUAAAACACAGACAUAUGUAUUAUUUUGAUGAUGAUGAUGAUGAAGAUGAUGAGACUCCCCAGUUGGAUGUAAA